AUGGCUCUAGCAUGGGUGGAAGAUUGUGUGAACUGGUUGAGUUCCAAAGUGUUCCGGAUAGUGCCGCUUCUCAGCUUACUCAUGUAUCUUAUCCUCGCCGUCUUCUCCGACAGCCGACGGCGUGAAGACAGAGGUUGGAAGAGAGGGUUAUUGUGGUUGGCAUACCAGUUGACCGAGUGGGGGCCGGCAUAUGUCAUCGGCAACCUGUACCUUGAAACCAAACCGUGCGACAAGAUGAUCAUCGCCUUCUGGGUGCCGUUCCUAUUGCUGCACAACGCCCGCCCGGACAACAUCAGCGCCUACACCAUCGAGGACAAUGAUCUCUGGCUGCGCGUGAUCGUGUUUGUUCCCUUGCAGUCCCUGGGAUCCAUUCUUAUUGUGCACAGGUAUAUACUCUCCAACUGCAAUCCUGGGUUGUUGCGUCAGGCGACCUUCAUCAUGUUACCGCUGGGCCUUUUCAAGUAUAUUGAGAGUGGGGUGGCGCUAUGGCUAUGCGGCAUGAGCCGCAUUCGAAGGUCAUUUAGGAAGCAGCAACCACUUGUCAGUAUCUUCAGAAAUGAUGAUGGGGUCAAGAAUCUGAAAGAUGAGGAAGCCUUGUUGGUUGCUCAUGACCUGUUCGAGAUCUGCAAGGGGGCCUUCUGUGAUUAUACGGGGAAAAUGGAUCAUAAUGCCGCCGUCAGAAGCAGCUUCUCGGGUCAAUGGCAGAAUAUGUGCAAGGUGGUGGAGAUGGAACUCUCUCUCAUGUAUGACAUCUUCUACACCAAGGCAGCCGUGGUCCACACCUGGCCUGGCUACCUCAUCCGUCUGGCCUCGCCGCUCCUCACCGCCACCGCGCUUCUGCUGUUUGGCCUCCAAUGCAAAGAGGGCAUGAAGACAGAAGAUGAAGUUAUUAGUUACAUAUUGCUCGGGACGACCUUCCUCCUCGAUGUGAGAUGGCUGCUCAGAGCACUAGCAUCAUCCUGGACACAUUCAUACUUCAAACUUAUGCAACACAAUUGGUUGAAGCAUGAAUUUUGGUGCCGUGGAGGAUGGAAGAAGCUCCGUCACAUUGUCCUCUCUCUGCGUCUUUCCAGGCUCUCCUUGUGCUUGUGGACAUGUGUAUGGGCCAACGAGCGCAAAAGCUACAGGAGAUGGGCGGGCAAGUUCGGGCAGCACAACUUGUUGGACCAUUGCACUGUUGGAAGAAACAGGUACAAGCACAGGCACAAUCUGUACGGCCACUUGAGGUCGAGUGGCCGUGAGAUUCCAAACAAUACCAAGAAGCUGGUGUUCCGUAACAUAUGCGAGCAUUUGUUCCCUGAUCGCGUGGCGCACCCCGAGCAGUCCAGCGUCACCGUCGGGAAAGAUCGCGGGGGCCAGUCAGUCUAUCCUCCUGAGCUUCAAGAGGCUAUACUCAUCUGGCACAUCGCCACGGAUGUGUUCCUCUUGUGCAGCCCCAGCUGGAUGACAGGAACAGAGGAUCUUGCGACGGCGAUCAAGCAGAUGUCAAAUUACAUGAUGUUCCUCGUCACCAAACGCACCAAAAUGCUACCAGGACUUAUAGUCCGCGACCUGUACAAAAAGACUCUGGAUAAGCUGGAGAAGAUACGGGUUAAGGCGGCCACCGAGGGAUGUGCAACAAACGAGGAGCUUGCCAAAUGGAUGACCAAAGAAAAAUCGGAUUUUCUGAAGCACUCAGAUACCAGUGACACCAUCUGGGAUGGAACUCAACUUGCCCGUGUGCUGCUAAGGCGAGUCCUUGGGGAUAGACAAGAUGAAGUGAGCGUAGCAACUUUGGAAGAAGUCAAAGGUACGGCAGAAAGACUUGCAUACUGGCUUCCAGAUUUCAGUAAUCUUACUAUUGGGGAUAUGGAAGGCGUGCUGCUGUUCAUCCUGAAUGCGUGGGUGCGUGUGCUCGUGUUUGCGUCCAUCCGGUGCAGCAGGGAUGCUCAUGCCAGGCAGCUCAGCUGUGGCGGCGAACUAACGACCCUCGUGUGGAUCAUCACGCAACACGCAGAGGUCAGUGUCGUCAAAAAGCAUUUCCAUCAAAUUCUCCAUCGAAGAAGUCCGUCGAAUGCUAAGCUACCUGGUGGUGUAGUCUCUCUCGCUAAUCCGUACUCUCCUUCAGUCUCUAGCUGA